CGUCACCCCCCCUGGCGAUUGUGACGGCGGCCGGGGCACGUGCCGGGCCAAUGAUUUUCAAAAAGGUUCGAUCCGUUUGUUACCAACGAAACAAACCCAACAAAAGGGCGAGUGAGUGAGGGUGGAGUGAAGGAGGACCCCAUUGACUGAGAUCACAAUAAAAUAAUGAUCACAAUGGAGGCAUCUCUGAAUAAAACAAUCCAGAGUGAAAAUAAAUAUGUUUCAGGGUUAAGCUCAAGAAAGGAUUAUGGUGAUCAAAAUAUUGCUGGCCAACAUAUGACUGAAAAGAUAAAAAUAGAAGAUGAUGACCAUUAUAAACCUUCUGGUUCCAACAGGGGAACUCAGCAGACUAAAGAUUUAUUGUUCUUAAAGGAUCUGAAUGGAACUGAUGGGUCACAACAUACAGAUCUGAAACUUCCAAUAACUUUGCACCCACUUCCACCUGGAAUUAAACUUCAGCUUCAAGGUUCAACUUCCACUUGCGAUGUGGUCAAAUUUGCCAAAUUAUCUGGAUCACUAGCAUCAAACAAUUUGGGCGACAUUAGGCUACAGACACAAGUGGACCCAUCCUUGAAGAUCAACACUAUCAAUGUUCCUCUUACUGUACCUCCUACUGAAGCAGAAAUCAAUGAUAUGCCACCUUCCAAAGACAGAAGUGGGCACAUAAAACGCCCCAUGAAUGCAUUUAUGGUUUGGGCACGGAUUCAUAGACCAUCAUUAGCCAAGGCGAACCCCAAUGCUAAUAAUGCUGAAAUUAGUGUCCAACUUGGCCUGGAGUGGAAUAAACUGACUGAAGAACAGAAGAAACCUUAUUAUGAUGAGGCGCAAAAAAUAAAAGAGAAACACAGGGAAGAAUUUCCUGGUUGGGUGUACCAGCCACGACCAGGCAAAAAAAAACGAUUUGCAUUGGGUGUCCCUUCAAAUGUCUUUCCUGGCAGUGGUCAAAAUAUUGUUUCUACAACUCCAGCAACAAUCUAUCCCUAUCGACCAGCUACCUACUCAGUAGUUAUUCCAAAUUUGCAGACAAAUGUCAACCGUUCGUCAGUUAUUGGUCAGAGCCAGUCUUUGCGCAUGCCAGUUACUCAAGGUCCUCGUCCAAAUUCAAUUAUACUUUAUCCACAAACAAAUCCCGUCCAGGUUGGUCUGUCUACUCAAAAUAUUUCCAGCCACCCCGCUGUGCCGGUUAGCUGUCCACCGGGACACAGUAGGAAUGAGGUGCAUCACGAGGUCCCGGGUCCUAGUGCAGUAUCAAAUUGUGCAGAGCAAAGGAUACCAACAAUGUCAGUGGAUGUUGGCAAACGAAAUUCUUCCAGUGAAAUGAACAACACCCAUAACAGAGGUGCAAUGCCUGAAGUCCAACCACAAAAGGAGGUCCCCACAGCGCCCAACUGCCCCAGAAAUGCAUCAUCAAUACCUUCAGCAACUCUUCCACACCCACAUGCCUACCAGCAUCCACCGAUGGGACAUGCUGCUAAUCUGUUUGGAGCUGCUGCCCGAUUUCCUUUUCACCAUCCUUAUUUCUUGCCUGGACCACCCUACUUUCCUUCAAGUACUUGUCCAUAUAGCAGACCACCCUAUGGCUACGGUGAUUUUGCAAACAGCAUGUCUGAAUGCCUAGGCUACUACGAAGACCGAUACCAGAAGCACGAGGCAAUGUUCUCCGCACUGAAUAGAGACUACCCUUUCCGGGAGUACCCAGAUGAUUGUCAACGCAAUGCAGACUCCAGGAGCAAUAGCAGCAUCGAGGAAGGGCCCCACUCAAACAACCUGGGAGGAGAAGAGUAUCUGAACUCGGUGCCACAGCUGGACGUUGGAGCACUGGAGAAUGUAUUCACAACCCCAAUGUCUGCUCCUUCACAGCCUCAACGAGUGGAGAUGGUCCACAGUGAUGAUGAACAAGAAGGCAAAGUUUUAAAAAGCCUGUAGCUAAAAACAAAUCUAUUCAAUUUGUUUUAAACCUACCAUCAGAAAAAAAGUAUCUCUGUGGAAUGAUGAUUCUUUUAUUUAUAAUAAAUCAAACUGAGAAUUCACAGUUUUGUCUCCACAUGGGAGCAAUUGAUGUUUAUAACAUCUAUGCAUGAAAAUACCGAGCAGUUAAAAUAUAACUUUCGCACACAAAAAAUAUAAAAAAGAAAAAAUUGUUGGUGUUACAUGUUGUUAUUGACACAUUUUAAAAUACCUUCAGUAACCUUAUGAUUUACUUUCCAAAUUCAGUUGAAACACACCUAACUGCUAGUUAGUGCUCGUGAUUCUGGUUUUUGCACAUCAACUUCUGUAAGUGUUGUUCAUAUUGUUAUAGUUUCUUUUUGAGUUAUAUUUUAAUAAACUAACAUUAAACCUACAUUUUUUUUAACAAUUGUUUUUCUUAAUAGCUCCCUUGUCACGUUUGAUAAAGUUGCAGUUCAUUAUGGCUUAUUUUAAAAAUCUGUCCAUACCAUUAUGCUACUUGAUGUGCCCAGAAUGUCACGUCGUAUGACUGUCCAUCACUCACGAUUCUUCUGUAUGAUUAUCUUCCCAACAAAAGCUGUUCCAUCAGCAGGGAGACGGGGGAGGUCUGAUGCCAAUUGCUCCCCGAGUUCUUCUUCCACAACUCCAAGCACCAGAGUAGAACUAGCAUAGUGCCCAAACAGUGAGGUGACCUUCCCACCCCCCGAAAACCCCGUGCCAUGGAGAGUGGUAGACAGAGAGGUCUAAAGAGAAGGAGGACAUUUUCCAAAAGAGGCCGAUUUUAGUUUCUGCAUUCAUUUAAUCCCAGCAAUUUUUAAUUUUGUUACCGUAUUUAUUAUAAGCCAUCAAGGACUGCCUAGCCUUCAAAUUGCUGUAUUUUUGAUUAGAGGGAGCUUUCUUAAUUCAGCAUAUUGCAUGGAAGUUUAACAGUAUUAUAAAAUCUGUGGUAUAAACCAAUUUGUUUUAUUUAAUCUUUUUAAAAGAGUAGUGGUAGUUCAGAACAUUCCUGAAUUGAUGGUGAUUAAGGGAACGGAAUCAAUUUGCCAUCCCUAAUUUGUAACAUUAUCACAUAUUCAUAUAUAUUGUUUUAAUAAAUAUUUAUAUUUAUUGCAGUCCACCUCUCAUGUGUUUUUAUUGCUUGAAUAAAGAUGAUUUU